AUGGCUGUUGCUCGUGUCCGCGCUGCUGUCGUGGCCCCGGCAUCCCUGACCAGGUCCGUCCUCACAAUGGCCAAGCCCAGGCGAGGCUAUGCUACCGUCACCUCCAUCCCGGCCAAGGCCCACCACCGCAUCGUCGUCGUCGGCGCAGGCAGUGCCGGUACCACUGUCGCCGCCCAGCUGGCGCGCUCCAACCUGCUCGACAAGCCUGACAUUGCCAUCCUUGACCCGGCCACGACUCAUCACUACCAGCCCGGAUGGACCCUCGUCGGCACCGGUUUGAAGGGCCUUGCUGCAACCCAGCGGCCCCUGUCUUCGGUCAUCCCCUCGGGCGUCAAGCACUACCCUCUCACCGUCGCCGCUUUUGACCCCGAGAACAACACCAUCAAGACGUCCGAGGGUGUCGAUGUGUCCUACGACUACCUAGUCGUCGCCCCGGGCCUCGAGACCAACUUUGCCGGCGUUGCAGGCCUCCAGGAGGCUCUGCAGGACCCCGAGGGCCCUGUCUCGUCCAUCUACUCGGACAAGACGGUCGAGAAGGUCUGGAGAAAUAUCCAGGCCCUCAAGUCUGGCAACGCCAUCUUCACCCAGCCUGCCGGCAUCAUCAAGUGUGCCGGCGCACCGCAAAAGGUCCUCUGGAUGGCCCUGUCGCAGUGGCAGCGCGACGGCGUCCGGCCCAACAUCGAUGCUGCCUUCGCGACUGGCGCUGGCGCCAUGUUUGCUGUGCCCAAGUACUCGCAAGCGCUCGAGUCGCUCCGCCAACAGCGCAACGUCGAGGGUCUUUUCCAGCACAACCUGACCGCCGUCGACGCCAAAACCAAGACGGCGACUUUUGUCAACCUGGCCGAUGGUAACAAGAAGGUUGACCGGCCCUUUGACUUCUUGCACGUUGUGCCCCCGCAGAAGCCCUUCGAGUGGGUGGCCAAGUCUGCCUUGGCUGACGAGGCUGGUUGGGUCGCUGUUGACAAGGCCACCACCCAGCAUGUCAAGAAAAGGUACCCCAACGUAUUCUCACUUGGUGACGCAUCUAGCCUCCCCAACAGCAAGACUGCUGCUGCCAUCACCGCCCAAGCGCCCGUCCUCGUCCACAACCUGAUCGCCUCCCUGUCCGGCAAGAACCAGGCACCCAUGGCCGAGUAUGACGGCUACGCCAGCUGCCCUCUUCUCACCGGCCACAACGAGCUCAUGCUGUGUGAGUUCAAGUAUGGCGGCGUGCCCAAGGAGACUUUCGCUGGCGUCUUUGGCGGCCAGGAGAAGCCGAGGAGAGUCUUCUAUCACCUGAAGAAGGAUUUCUUCCCCUACAUUUACUGGAACAGCUUCGUCAAGGGCACUUGGUUUGGGCCCAAGGCGUAUACGGCGCCCAAAUACUAA